AUGGCCAUCAGUGCUAGCAGACAUGGAUCUCUUCCCCUCAGCACGCCCUCAUUGUACUCUAAUGUUACUCAAUCUGCAGGCCAGUCGGGAGACUGGCUGCCUUUAACACCCUCAACCAAUCCAAAGUUGUCCUUCAUCUUUGGUCAACAAACACUCCAGCUUGAAGAAUUGCAUGAAGACAUUUUCAAGCCUGUAGAACUACCUGACCUUGAUCAGCUAAUCCUUCUUAAUGAUAACCUUAAAGCAGCUUUCAUAAAAACACUUGCUUUUGAGCAUGAUCAAGCUGAUGAAGGCUUGAAUAUCGUGGAAUAUGCGGCUGUCUUAUCAUUUAUGUCUGAAUCGCCUAUAGAAAUCAAAGCCAAAUCUGACUACUUUCCAGAUACUCAAGAAGUUGAGAUUAUGAGCCCCUCCCCGUUCAUGAAACCAUCAUCUACUCUUCACAGAUCGGUCACAAUGACCAUCCCAGAUAUCAUGGGUGUUGAUCAGUUUGGCAACAACAAAAGUUUUGUUUGGUGGCUCGUCAAGGCGGGUUUCAGUCAAAGUGACACAUCCAUUAUGCGCAAAUUUGUAAACAUGGUGAAGAACAACUCAGAUAUUAAGAAGCUAAUCAAGGUAUCGAUUGAUGAGGAUGGCAUAUUCCAAGGCCCAGAAGAGCAUACUGAGGUCACAAAGUCACUUCGCAAAUCUGGAUCAUGGAUGAACCACGAGAAGUUCAAGAGCCUCGUUCUGCCCAAAACAUCUGACAUGAUGUAUGGGCCUGUAGUUGUUGGGGGGCACAAUUGGUUGAAGUUGAAGGUGGUUAGAUUCACACACUAUGCCGAAGGGACUCUCAUUCCUGGUAUGAAUAUGGUGGAUGUAGAUCGCCUACUCAACAUGAGUGCUGCGAACCUUAAGGCUGAGAUCAUUUCUAUCAUGGAGAAGUUUGGGCUUGAGAAGAGCAUGAUAGACAAAGCUUGUGAUUUGAAACCCAAGCUACCAUUCAACUGGUCUGCCGCUGCUAUGCAAAUGUCCUCUGCUGUUUGUGACACUGCCUACUUUCGUUACGUUAAUUGGUACAACUACAAGUACAACAACAAGUGUAAGGGUGCUACUACCACUCACACCACGAAAGUCUCUGGCGAGUCAUCUCAGGCCAUCGCCCCAGCUACUCCUCUUGACAGUGGUUCCACUGAACGUGACUCGAAGAAGUCAAAGGUCUCACAAGAGAAAGAGACGAAGAACAUUAGCUCAAAGGAGAAGAAGAAGGCAGGCGGCAAGGGGAAGUCCUGGGCUGCAUAA